AUGCCGUCCCGUCUCGCCGGGCUUGCAGCAUCGGCAGUGUCUGCCGCUCUUGCCCACUCGGUGGGUGCCCAGUGCCCGCAUCAUCCACAUCUGGAUUUGUGCCCCGCGAACCUGAACAAGGAAGCGCGGAGGAACAAAGCGAAGGAGAUUGACGUCAACCGUGGGGCUCGAAACUCGGCUUGGAUGGCGCUGGUGCUGCCUUUCAUGGCUGCUCGACCGUCCUUCUCCACUGGUCUAGCGGUGAUGGCAGUGGCCGUGAUGGCUGCAGAUGCCCGUGGACAUGGCUCAUCAUCCAUGUCCUGUGGCCAUAUUCGCACUUUCUAUCAAUCCCAGGACUGUUGUUCCGAGGGUGAGGAGCCUCUGUCGCUGGACUUCAGCACCAGCGAGGGCAGCAGCUUCGGCAGCUCCGUCUGCGGGGCGACUAGCCCAGUGGGAGUCUGCCAUUGCGCCAGAGCCAUGCAGCUGCUUUCGCAGGUGCCUGGAGUGCAAUUUCCAGCAGAGUUCUGCGGGCACAUGGCUCACGUGAAGCCGGUGGGCUUUCACGACCAGCCGAUCUGCGAAGCUUCCGAUGCGGGCACCAACGUGGAAUUCCUCGUCGAUGGCAGGGCGGGCAACACCAACUUCCCCCAUGGAAACAUCAAGGUUUUGGCCACGGCGGGCGAGGUGGACCCACUGACAGGAUCCAUGCUCACAGGUGUGCCAGAUGGACUGGGAGCCUACUUGAAGGAUGCCGACACGGUGCGCCUGAUCUACCAGAGCGAGGCAUACGGCCAGCUGGUCAGCUCCAACCCGGAGUCUUAUCCGUGGACGGUGAACUCCAACACUGCCAGCUUCACUGGCUCUCACAUCCAUUUCAUCGAUUACGACAGAAGCAUGCUGGCCACGUUCAUGGACGAUGGGGCACCAGCCAAGGCUCAGAGCAUGGUGAAGGGGGCGGGCAACGCAGUGACCACGGCUUACAACUUGAGGCGGGAGCUUGUUGGGCCCCGAAAUCGCGCAUGGGACGGCCUGCAGGCCACGAGGUCGAAUGUGCAUGAGAGCAACGUCGACGUGCAUGGCAACUACAUCGUCGGAAGCACUGCGAAGGCUCCCAGCAAGGCAGACUGGCUUAUGCAAUCCCUUUGCUCUGCACAUCUGGAGGUGAGGCACCAGUGGGGAAACGGCAAGGGAGUGGAGGACGACCUCUUUAUCACCAACGAAGAGUGGAUCAUUUACCCCGAAAGCUCCUUGCCCAUUGGUCUGCCCGUGCAUGUCCUGAACUUGGCCACUGGUGAGCUCUGGGCCACUGCUGCCUUCACCCUCGGAGGCCACGAGAAGGUCGUGGAAGUGAACAGUGGCCAUCAGGGCUAUGUGGCUUUCGUACCUUCUGGCUACAACGGAGCCUUCGGCAUUAGUCGAGGUGCCGUGUUGGAUGCUCGCAACAGUCUCUACUCCAGAACGGACGGCAAUCCGUACGUGUGGCCGCAGGACAUAGUGCCCACCAAGCUCUACAUCGGCAAGAAGAACACGGAUAAAGAAGGGAAUGCGGACUCCAUCGAUUUCCUGGCAAGGAAUGGCUUCGAGCACGGAGCCCUGUACGGCUUCGCAGUCGACUGCACCGUGACCGCUUCGCGAGAUGCCUGGCACAAGACUGCCUCUGCAGGUGACACCGUGAGAGGCGCCUUCUACAAGCUCCGCUGGCAGGCGCAGAGGGGUGUGGUGCGGGGCUUCGAGCACGAUGGAAGCUGGGAGUUUCAGGACGCUCCGCGAGGUGCUCCGGCCGGCUGGUGCUUUUGGAACUCCAACGGCAAGGACCGUCGUGGCGCUAAGACUGAGCACGUAUCACCGGAUCCCCGGGGUGGUCAACGUGUCCUGCAGGGUUCCACGGCUGGCUACUUCGGCAUCUACGACUUCUCGAGCCUGCCCUCCCUACUGAGCAGCACCUUUCCCGACUCCAUUCCUGCUACAUACACAGUGUAUCAACCUGAGUCGGAUGUUCGCAACUUGAUCGAGCUAGGCGGUGCCGGCAUCCGAGCGGACGGGAACAACCAGAAGAUGAUGCGGGACAGCAGCAGGGACAAGAGCACCUUCGAGGAUGUUGAUGGCAUGGAGUGGAUUGCCGCGGCAGACGGGCAGGACUAUUUCAUCAUCCACGAAGAUGGCGGCAAUUGGUAUGGCGAGCGCAAGUUCCUGGCCAAGGUGGGUAUCCCGAUGAAAUAUUACUUCGUUGCGCAAAGCGGUGGUCGUGCCAACACUCGCGAGUUGGCUGGUGUUAGCUCUGUUGCCGGCGUACAUGGCGGUGCGGGCUCGCAUGAGUUCUCCGGUGCCUUCGAUCUCUCCGGAUUGCUUCGGAAGGAUGCUUCGGGCAACUUCGCGCUUCCCGUGAAGGACGUAACCGGAAAGAAGCGCGAGCUUGAGGCUGCCACGCCCAUCAACGAAAAAACCAUCGCCGUGAAUCUGCAAGCCCACACCAACAGGGCCGGAUUUGCCGUCACUUUCGGCUCGGAUCGGGUUUCCCAGGACCUGCUUUUUCGUCUGUCAGUCAGCAUCGAUGGCUCACAGUGGGCAUCGAAAGGGAGUGCCGGCUACGGAGCCUUGUGCGUGACAUUUGCGCAACUUCCACCUUUGAGUAUCGGAGCUUGGCUCCUGGAAGCGGGUGUUUUCGAGACCGCGAUUGGAAAAGUAAGCUGCCGAAUGAGCGUGGCCGUGCCGAGUGCUGUGCGCUUCACAACAUGUGAAGCUAGCCCAGAGCAGCAAAAUGCACCGCUCGCUUCUUUCGGCCCCUGUGGCGAUAGUGAACACAUCGGGGCCGCGCGCUCCUCGUGGAGGAUGCCGCGAAGCGGAGGGCGGGAUGGCUUCGACUUCAGCUUCCUGACCAACAGGGAUGACAGUCAGGGAUUUAUCGCUGAAGAGGACCGGGUCAAUUGCCCUUUUUACUUCAAGAUUGGGGCAUGCCGGAACGGUGACCGCUGCAAUCGUGCUCACAGCAAGCCGACCAGCGGCAGCACAAUUCUGAUUCCUCAUCUGUAUCCUUGCAUCCCAGAGGCCAUGGCUGUGGCAAACGAUGACGAGUGGGACGAUGAGACCUACGCUCGACAACAGGAGCACCUGGAACACUUCUAUGAGGAAGUUUUCCUGGAGUUGGCAAAGUUUGGCGAGAUCGAAGACAUGGUUGUGCUGGACAAUGUGUCAGAGCACAUGCUCGGGCACGUCUACUGCAAGUACUUCAAUGAUGACGAUGCUGCCAAGGCGCAGCAACAGAUGUCCAACCGCUUCUACGGCAGCCGCCUCGUCCAAGCAGAGUUCAGCCCGGUGGCCGACUUUCGAGAAGCUCGGUGUAGGGCCUUCCACGAGACGCGGUGCGCGCGCGGUGGAAUGUGCAACUUCAUGCACAUCAAGCAUAUCCCCAAGGCGGUGAAGCGGAGCAUCGUCCGGCAGAUGUACGAAGCACAUCCUGAUUAUGCAGGUGCCAAAGCAGCGCUCGCUGGGCAGCCAGCAAAGAAGAAGCGAAAGGUGUCCUCGAACACGAAGCGUACGAUGGAGGAGAGAAAGGGGAUGAUCGCGGAAUGGAACAAGGAGCGCAUCGCCGAAAUGCAGGGUGGCACACUACGAUGA